AUGGUCCCCAGGCCUCUUCCCUACCCAAACACCCACCCAAACAAAGGUCUCCAAGGCACAAACACCUACGCCAGCCAAGGCCACUUCUUCGCCGCCUAUCCAUCACAGCAAUACGAAAUCCUCCGGCGCAUCUACUGGAAACGCCGUGGUUUCUUCAUGGCCGUCAACAUUCCUUCAUUGCCAGAGGUAGAGCGUAUCUCGACCUCGAUAUGGCGCAUCCUUGGUUGUAACCCAAGCAAGUUCACGUUACAGGGGACGAACACUUACUUGCUUGGAAAGGGGAGUGAGCGUAUACUUGUCGACACGGCUCAAGGUCUGCCGCAGUGGAAGGAUAAGCUGUAUGAGACAAUGUUGCAGGAGGGAGAGACCGUGAAGAUCAAGACUUGUGUGUUGACGCAUUGGCAUCACGAUCAUGUCAUGGGCGUCAAGGAUGUGAGAGGGUAUAGUCCGAGCGUCAAGGUGUACAAGCACCUCGGGAACAGGUAUGAUCCGGACCAAACCCUGCAGGACGAGGAGAUUCUAGACAUCGAGAACGGACAGAAGUUCUCAGUGGGUUCUGAGAAGGAUGGAAACCUGUUUGAAGUCGAAGCAGUACAUGCUCCUGGUCACGCCAAAGACCAUAUGUGCUUGCUCAUCACGAAAUCAUCUGACCCGGCAGAGAUAGGGUGUAUCUUCACGGCUGACAACGUGCUCGGCCACGGCACAGCGGUCUUCGAGGACCUAUCAGCCUACGUCUCGAGCUUGAAGCUAAUGAAAGAGCGCGUCGGGCAGGGUCGUCGCGCAUUUCCAGGUCAUGGCUCCGUGAUUGACAAUGCACAACUCAAACUAGACGAAUACAUCACACACCGGAGCAUGAGAGAAGAUGAAGCGAUCAACGUGCUCAUCUACGGCACGACAACAGCGCCAGGGAAAUCGCCACUAAAGACUGCUGAGGGCUUCCCUCAGUCUGUGCCUCCUCCUGAAGCGGAUAUUGGGAAAGAGCUUGUACUAGGCAAGGAAUGGAAAAGCAUGGAGAUGGUCAAGGUGAUAUAUCGGAUGUAUCCUGAGAAUCUGUGGGGUCCGGCUGAAGGUGGAUUGCUUCAGGUACUUGAGAAGUUGAGGGGUGAUGGGAAGGUCGAGAAGACGGCGGGUGGGAAGUGGAAGGUGUCAGAUUCGCUUAUGAGGGAUGUAGUGCCAGAUGGAGUUGAUGCUGGGAGUAGGAGUCCUGUCAAGUUGUGA